CACUAAAUGGAAAGUCCCAUAUGCUGAUAGCUGAAGAACUCAGUAGUUGGUUAUAAACGAAAAGUUUGGCGAACCAAUGUCACCGACUCCUGCAUGGGUCCCUAGAUAAGAGCAAGGGUUGCAAGCAUAACGUUGCUAAUUUGCGGGGGCUUUCAUCGUGGGCGUUUGAGAACAUAAAACUGCAACAACAUGGACAAAGCUGAGAUCCAAAUCUUGGAUGAAGAACUUUCAAGAUUGAGUGCAGAGAUUUCAGACCCUGAUAUCAUUGCAAACGGUAUCGGUGUUUUUAAUGAGUUGGAUAGACAAAGAAUCAGAAGAGAAAGGUACGAACGCUCUGAAGUUCAUGGUGUGCAUGAGUUGAUCUCAAGACUGAAAAAGAGAGGACCCAAAGCAUUCCAGCAGUUUUUGGAGUCACUAAAAGGCUCCCACGAGUCUACAUACAGAAGAUUACGUGACAAAGCAAUUGCUCGUGGGCUGAUGCAAGAAACCGAAAAUGCUUCAAUCCAAGCUGAUGAAAGAAGUUCCAGCGAUGUUAUUUCAAGAGGUCCAAUCGUUACAGCAAGUGCAACAUCUAYUUCAUCAUCUUCAAACAGUGAAGAAAGAAGUAACUUUUCAAGGAACCUGCAGUCUGAAAGUGCUCCUGAAAAUUCAGGACAUGAAUCUGGUAUAAAUGCAGACUACUCAUGUAGUGCUGAUGGAUAUAAUUCAACACCCAAAAGGGUGAACAGCAGCAACUUUCAUGAAGAAAAGCCGUGCAAGAACCUGGGACCUGAAACUCUCCUUAAAGACAUUCAAGUAAGCUUAAAGUCAAAAAUAGUGACAAACAUGGUAGAUGAUCCACUAAACAAUGACUGGAGGGGACUUGCUGGUGAAGCAGGGUUCACAGUUGAACAGUGCGAGAAUCUGAGGACAGCAAAAAACCCAAUGGAUGCACUCUUUGUGUGGAUGGUGCAGAAUCAACAUACCAUCUCUUACCUCACAAAUAUGCUGAAAAAGAUAGGAAGGCAUGAUAUUAUUAGAAUCAUCACAGAAUAUGGUUAUGGAGAAGACUCUAUCAGUGAUGAAAAUGUUGAUGAGAUAGCACAAGAAGAAAGUCAACCUGGACCAUCUUCAUCAUCACAAGUUUCAGAGAGUGAUUCAACAGAAUCCAAGGAGCACAAAAAAGGUUCACAUAAGCUGUCCCAGGAAGCAACUGAUGGCAAUGACGAUCAAGAAGGGCUUACUGCUACUACUCCAUUGAGUGAAAUUCCCGAAGAUGAUGUGUUUAUAGAGGAAAUCAAGGGGAAAGCUUUACUUCUUGGUGUUGAAUUAUACCUAAACAUGCUAAGACUUCAGAGACUUAAUCGUCAUGUCAAUGACUUGAAGUACACAAUUGAAAUGGACUACAAAAACUGGGAUGUUGAAACUAAUGUAGCCAAAUCAAAGACUGUAUGUAAYUGUGGCAGAGGAAAUGCACUGAAAGAAGUAGCUUAUAGUUACCUCAAUACUGUCAACAGAAAUGAUGUCUGUUUCAUAUAUAUUGCUGGACACACAGUACAGAUUAAUGGUGAAAACUAUCUUUUACCAACGGAUGUUGCCACUGAUUUCACUGCAGCUGACAUUAUGGAAUGUUCUUUGAACAUAAAUCAGUUUUUGAAAGAGCUGACUCAACGUGAACCCUUGAUGUUAAUGGUGUUCGUCGAUGGCGCACAUUACAGUGAUGYCGCCUUUGGUGUCGACACUGCACUUCCUGGCCUUGCUCCCAUGGUCCCACCACCUAGAUCCGUCAUCGUGUAUCCAUGCCAACCAGGACAUGUUAGACCAAAGGAGGAAACACUAUCAUUUGUGCAAUCAAUGAUAAACGUCCUUGAAGGUCACAGCGUAACUCCUGCCAUACUCCUGUCUGAAUUAAAGCAACGUUAUCCAAGCACAUUCGUCUUCUCGCUAUCGCCCAGGUCGAUUCUACCGCUUUACAUUAACGACCAAGAUAAAGGACCUAAACUUCAACGUCCAAGCAGUGACACCCCUCGGUAUUCUCUGAUAUUUGUCGAUGAUAUGUCCGCUGGUGAUUCAAGACAGCAAUUAUUGAACGACGCAGAACAUUUAAAAGCUAGUCUAACACUGCUCGAAUGGACAGGUAAGGGAUAUUUAGACAACUAGURUUGAAAUACAACC